AUGCAAGAACAUCAGUCACUUUACCAGUCACGGAAACUGAAAGAUUUACAUGAUAUAGAUCUUUUGAUGAAAAUAAGAAUUGCUUAUGCCAUCAUUCCAAAUGUAGAUGUAAAAAUAAUUUACACUGAAAAAUAUUCUGAAUUCUGGAAUCAUAUAAAACACCACGGAUAUAUCACCACCACCACACUUAAUACUAUUCUAAAUAAUAUAAAUAAAAAGCUGCUCAAAGGUAGAGCAACUGACACAUUUUCUCUAAACUUUAUAAGAGUUAUGAUAAAUGCAGUGUCCUUAGUCUAUACUGUUAGUAUAACAGUGUACACACCCAUACACGUCGCUGUAUUAGGGAAAUUCUGCUGCAGCAUGUUAUCCCUCAAGAAACUAAGCCACGCCAACGUUGUGAAACUCAAGGAGGUGAUUAGGGAGAAUGACACACUCUACUUCGUCUUUGAGUACAUGAAGGAAAACCUUUAUCAGCUGAUGAAGUCAAGAGAGAAGCACUUCAGCGAAUCCAUGGUGAAGAACAUCGUCUGCCAGGUACUCCAGGGCCUCUCCUUCAUGCACAAACACGGUUACUUUCACCGGGACAUGAAACCCGAGAACCUCCUUUGCAUGGGUCCCGAUGUCGUGAAGAUUGCUGAUUUCGGUCUUGCAAGAGAAAUCAGGUCUCGGCCACCUUACACUGACUACGUCUCGACUAGAUGGUACCGCGCCCCGGAAGUCCUCCUGCGUUCGACCAACUACAGCAGCCCCAUCGACAUCUGGGCGGUGGGUGCCAUCAUGGCGGAGAUCUAUACUUUCAGGCCUCUCUUCCCGGGCUCCUCAGAGAUCGAUCAGAUUUUCAAGAUCUGCUCCGUUUUGGGGACUCCGGAUAAGAGGGACUGGCCUGAGGGUUACUCGCUGGCGCAGCAGAUGAACUUCAAAUUCCCCCAGUUUUCCCCCACGCCUCUAGCAUCGCUCAUCCCCAACGCCGGGCCAGACGCCAUAGCUAUCAUGACUGACAUGAUGCGAUGGAAUCCUGCGAAGAGGCCCACCGCUCAGCAGUGCCUCAGGUACGCCUACUUCAAGGACCAGAAGGCCUCGGACAUGAACAGCCUCUCCUACUCGCUGGCCAACGCCAGGCUCUCAGACACCUACACGAGCGAGGACGGGAACCAGGGAGGCGGCGCUGGCAGAGGUGUGAAGAGCAGUGCCAAUGGCUUGGGUGUUGUGGGCAGCAAUGGCAUCCAAAACGGCUUGACGCACCGAGCAAAAAUCAGCCUUGACCUGGACCCUGGCACGCGCGGUCCCGAGCACGCCCCGCCCGCACCCACCCUCCACCAGCGGGCGUCGGCGCGGCGUGGGGGCGGGAUCGAGGCGUCUCAGGGGGAAAUGCGGGCGCGGGGGACCUUCUCAAAGCCCUUAGUGCCGGCGGGAAUCGGCCUGGGCUCGAACAGUCUUAGAGAAAAUAACUACUUCCCCAGCACCAAGUAUAGGUCGACCUACUACAAUCCUACCAACAAAGACAACAAAUUUGACGAGUUUGAAGACAAUAAAAUUAAUGGUUUUGGGAACCUGAGAGCUGUUAGCCGCAGCAUGCCAGGAUCUCUAGUGUCCGUGCAGGCGGGGGGGUCCAACGUGAUAGGCGUGAGGACGCACACUUACCCGAGCGCCAACGCCUCGAGCAUGGCCGCGGGCUCCUUCGCGACGGGGCCCACGCGGUCCAACAGCGCCAAUGCGAAUGUGCACGGCAGAACCAACUGGGCGGCUAAAUACCUCAAAUAAAGAAUCGGUGCGCAAAAGGAAACACAUUCAAAGCAAAAUCAGACCGCCAGAAGACAGCAGCAGACUGCCGCCCUUCGAGUGGCUGCCCGACGCGCCGUGGCCUUAGGGAGGAGGACCCACAAGAUCGGAGGACUGAGGAGGAAGGGAGGACGUCGAGGGCGCCCUUCGCUGCUCGCGGGAGGACUUGUGGGAGAGAAAUGAGAGUGGGAAGGAGAUUUAUGUGGGAUUUAUGUGUAUAUAUAUAUAUAUAUAUAUAUAUAUAUAUAUAUAUAUAUAUAUAUAUAUAUAUAUAUGUAUGUAUGUAUAUAUUAUUUUGUAUAAUUUCGUCCACUUGCAACCAGAAUUGUACAGAUGCGUAGUUCAAAGUUGAAAUCAGAAACGAAAACGUUUGUAAAGUAAAAGUGUACAAACUUAAUUUAAGCUGGUUUUGCAGCUUCAUGAAAAAAUUCAGUUUAUAAAUUUUAAAUUUUAAAUAUAAUAGAAAUAUAUAUUAAAACAAACUAGAACCUGAGGUGGAUUUAUAAUAUUACGUAUUUUCAAACAUAAAUUCCCUUCCUCUCUCACUCGAGAUCUGGCAACGAUGACGCCCCUCCCUUUAAGCGUUGAUAUUAUCUGUGAUACAAAGUACAAUCUUGGCAGCCUGACCAUUCAGACUUUCAUUGACGACAACGAGGCAUAUAAUAGAUCUAUGAAAUUACAUAUUUAUGAGUAUAUAGGUAAAUCUUCACCAAAGUCUAUUUGCACAUAAGUUAGCAUACAUCCGUCCAUACCGCUGUGUGUGCGGAGCAUAGUGGAGGAAAAAGGCUGAAGUACAGAAAAGUUUGUGGGAAUUGACGAUGGUUUGGCCAUGAACUCAUGAUACACGAGUUGUGAAUUUGUUUGAGAUGAUGAAAUACUAUUUGGUGCGUCCAGUUCAGUGAACAUUUGUGAUCCUUUCCGUCCACAGAGAUAUACAUACCGGGAGUUGAAAGCAUUGUCCACUGUGAUAUAUCACUAAUUAUAUGUGUGUCAACAACAGUUUCUUCGUGAAACCGUCAAGAGAACAUGCAGGCCCUGCAUAGUGAAUACUAAGCAACCGCCAACGAAACUCGACCUAAAGAAGUCCGGUUCGAAUCCAUCAUUCUCUGAAAUGAUGUUGCAUUCGAAUCAUUUAUGAGUGUCUGAUGUAUUUACACACGAGCUAAGAUUAAUAUAAAUGUAUGUACAAUCUAACUUAUGGCAGUAUGUCUGUAUAGAUAGUCGUAGGAUCGAACCAUUGCACAAGGAACAUUACGGAGUUACUCGGGACGUUUAAGAGGUAGAAAUGUACAAAACUAUCAUUUGAUCUUUAUUCACACCAUCAUGCGUAUGGUAAGUGUGUCUGGUACUGCUUCAUGUAACACAUUUCCUUAACGAUUUCUCUACGUGGUCUUUUAAUUUCCCCACACUUGUCAAUAUGCGUGACUAGACCUGAGUCAGAGCACUGUAAAUUGUACAUAAGACAAAUCACAUGUACCUAAAACAGGCUGUAUGUUGAUGAUUGUUAUAAAUCCACAAUGGAUGCAUAGACUGAAGCUUGCUGAAGUAACUAGGUCAUUGCUUUGGUUAUGUUUCUUUACUGUUAACAUCAGUGUAUAAAACAGCAAAAACAAUGAAAGAGAGAAAAAACAAGUAGUCGAAAAGGGGCCAAAUUUAACCUGAUUUUUAGGGUGCUGUACAUGAAUGUCGAUAUAUACAAUAACUAUGGAUUUUCUACCUACACUAAAAUGUUCAGAAGCACUCAAGUAUCAACACCAAUACUCUUCGCUAUUAAGUUGAUAUUCCACACACAUUCACAGUCUACGUUUUCUGCUUGACCUAAACAUCUGUGACAAUGUAAUAUACACAACGAUGCAGUGUGAUUGACAAGGGAUAAACUGACAUUAUCAUUCAUCUGGCCUUGUUAUAUUACGAAUGACAAUCUGCAUGCAAAGACUAUGAGCAUAUGCUCAGGCAGCAAUCAGUGGUGAUUUGUUACAGCAAAUGGCAGUAAUAUCUUGAUUAUUGAGCAUUCAUGUUAUGAUUAAUCUGUUUGUUGACAAAUUUGUUUUAGGUCUGGUUAGCAGACAGACAGUUGACAUUGCAGGUUAUGGUGUACAUUUAUUUCAUGUCUAUAACAGGUGAUAAAGUUGAUUCCAUUUACUGUUUCAGUAAUAUGUGUGAGUUUAUAUGUACAUAUAUAAGUUCAUAGAUGUUGAAGUAGCAACACAUUAUAGUACUACUCCGUUUAUUGUUAUAGUGUCAUAGUAUAUUUUUGUUUUAACCAAGAGCAACGGACAGUUUCCAAGUUUAAUUAUACUUUUCUAUAGAAUGCAUUUCACGGGUGAGCAUCUAAAUGAAAUAUAUAAUUUUCAGCGAAUACAUAUAUACAUUUUAACAACCUCCCACAUAUUUUUACGACCGGUACAAAAAAAAACGCAUUCUGUCACACACAAACACACAAACACACACACACACACACAUAUAACUCUUCUUACGUAUUCUAUAUACAUGUACAGUAUAACCAUAUCCACCGACGGUAGACAAACACUAAAGAAAACACCAACACGAACCCGUUCUUUCUCCCGGAAGCAAUAACCGCCACCAUGAGUCCCUGUAGAAGUCCCAAGCCCAACCAAGCUGCCAAAGAGAAUGUCUGUGUUUCGUGUCUGUAGAGGCGUGACCUUGUUUAUAUGCUGCUCAUUCAGGUGUACCAAAGAUUGUAUUCUCCCGGACUAACAGUGAGUCGACGGGAGUGUACUAUCAGCAGUGAAUAGCGUUGUUCACUUUUAUCUAAUCUGCUAUUUGAUGGCCUCUUCAGCGUUAGAUUGAUUUACUGUUGCCAAAUUUCAGAAUUAGUUAUAUUGAUGGUGUAACAGUGAAAGUGAGGGAAAUAGCAAGCCACUAAUCAUACGUUCUUGGGUUGUUAAGUUGCCAUGUCCAGCAGUAACUGUUCCAGCAAGGUUUAUCUCGUGCAAAUAAAACUGAACUUUGA